AUGUCCGACUUCAAGUCCCAGGCUCUUUUCGAGCAGAUCACCGAGGGUCUCAAGACCAUGGAUGACAAGGAGAAGAAGGACAUCCAGAAGAAGACCAACGGUGUCUUCGAGAUGCACGUCAAGAACGCCGGCGGCAAGGAGCUCGUCUGGACCAUCGACCUCAAGAAGAACGCCGAGGCUUACGAGGGCAAGGCCAAGGGCAAGGCUGAUGUCACCAUCAACCUCUCGGACGACACCUUCAUCGACCUCGCCGACGGCAAGGUCAACGGCCAGAAGGCCUUCAUGUCGGGCAAGCUCAAGGUCAAGGGCAACAUCAUGCUCGCCACCAAGCUCGACGGCGUGCUCAAGGCCCAGAAGUCCAAGCUCUGA